AUGUGGAGGUCAACCGGAACGGAGGAGCGGGUUCCCGUGAUCUGUUGGGGGAGAAAGACAGGGGGGGUGGCCGUGGGAGACACAAAUUGGGGCGGAGCACUACUGGGGAAAUGUGCGGGGCGGGGGUUGUGGGGGGCCGUGGCAGUGGAUGGUGGGGAGGGGGGGUUUGGGGUGGGCGGAAUUAUGCUGUGGGUGUGGUGGCGCGGGUGUACUGAUGAGAUGGCUGGAGGGGGUGUGUGGGGGCUGUAUGAUGAGGCGCGGGGUGUUCGUGUGGGGGUGCUAUCCGAUGGGGGUGUGUGGUGGUGUAUGAUGGGGGUGUCGUGUGGGGGUGUAUGA